GCCGUGGGGGUGCCGGCUCGCUGGGCGAUGCAGCUGCCGCCCGCGCUGCACGUCCGCCUGGCGGGGGCCGCCGGGGCGGCCGAGCCGCUGCCCGUGGAGCGGGACCCCGCGGCCGGGGCCGCUCCCUUCACCUUCGCGGCGCGCCAGGUGCGCUUCCCACGGGAGCACGAGUUCUUCGAGGACGGGGACGUGCAGCGGCACCUCUACCUCCAGGAUGUGCUUACGCAGGUGGCCGGGGCACCCGAGAGGCCCAGGGUGCCCGAGUUCACCUGUCAGGUGGCUGGCUGCUGCCAGGUGUUUGACGUCCUGGAGGACUACGAGCACCACUACCACACGCUGCACAGGAACGUCUGCUCCUUCUGCAAGCGGGCCUUCCCCUCUGGACACCUGCUGGACACCCACAUUCUGGAGUGGCACGACUCCUUGUUCCAGAUCUUGGCCGAGCGGCAGGACAUGUAUCAGUGCUUGGUGGAGGGCUGCCCAGAGAGGUUCAGAACCAGCAGAGACAGGAAGGAGCACCUGGUGACUGGUCACCUCUACCCCGCAGACUUCCGCUUCGAUAAACCGAGGAAGAGCAAAGGCCCAGCCACGUCCGGGGCCGCGCAGGUGCCAGCAGAGGCUCUGGGGGACGAUGGGGUGACGUCGCAAGGAGACGCCAUGGAAGUCUGUUCUGAACACCCGGAGCCCUCUCCAGAACCCUUGGGAGAGAAGCGGGCCUACGGCCACAGAAAUCCCGCCAGUCGCUAAAAGCAAGCAAGCAGAUAACAGUACGGCCCAGAGGAGGGAGACCAGUGCCCAGAGUGGCUACAACACGUGGUGUCUGACAUCCAGCUUCCAACUAAGAUUACGAGGCCUGCAAAGAAGCAGGAACACAUAACCUGUAUACCUGCAAAAGCAAACAACGAAAGGUGCCUGUGAGCGUCGCAAGAUUUAAACCUACCAGAGAAGCAGGGACGUCUCUUCAGUGUUCUGUGGUGGCCCACACGGGAAAGGCAUCUGAGAAAGAGUGGAUGUGUUUAUACGACUAACUGGUUCACUUUGCUGUGCAGCCAGAACUAAUUCAGUAUUUUAAGUCAACUCUACUCCAAUCAUUUUUUUUUAAACCUAUCAGAAAAGACGUCGAAGGAGCCACUACAGGAGUUCCCCUGGGGUGCGGUCCGUAAAGAAUCCACCUGCUGCGGCUCAGGUCGCUGCAGAGGUGCUGGCUCGAUCCCCAGCAUGACCCGGUGGGGUAAAGGGUCUGGCGUUGCUGCAGCUGCAGCUUAGGUUGCAGCCGUGGCUCACUUUGGACCCCUGGCCUGGAAAUGCCCACGUGCUGAGGGUGCAGCCGUAAAAAAUGAGUAAAAUAAAAUAAAAACCAUCUUCUCAGAACUAAAUGAAACAGGGAUUACAGAAUUGAAGGAAAGGUUGUGACAGCUCUCACCACAGAGAGAUGAAAGUAAAGAGAAAUUGCUUUUCCUAAAAAAAGAUCUGUGGGAUUUCAAGGCUUCUCCAAGGAACUCAAAAACUCAAAAAGCCUCCAGGGCCGAGAUAAGAACUGCCAGACCAUCAGCCCACAGGUCGCACUGUCGUUGCUGCAGUGUUCCCACCCCAGCAACUUCUCCUUCCUGCCCCCGCCAGCACCGGGGUGUGGCCCACUCCUCACCUCCUCCCCUGGAGGGGCAGCAUGAGCCCCCAGCCGCCCGGCAGGUCAGCAGGUGUGUGGCAGGACCGCCCCGUGCGCCUCUUUGUCUUUGGCUGCACACACAGACCUGGCCCUGCGCCCAGCCGGCUCUCCCGACAAUAGGGACGUCGGCCCGCCGCGUGAGCGGUGUCUCCUGCCUCAGUACACCUGUCUUUGCUCCACCUCGCUUGAGACUCUCUGUCCACCUGUGUGCAGAGACCACAUUUCGGUGGCCCAUAGGGGACUACCAAGGGUCUCCCGCGCCUUCUCCUUUUUCUCUUUCUGGAACCCUCUGAACAGGCGAGGAGCUGCGGAAGCAGCUAAGGAGUUCUGGCGAGGGUUACCCUCUGGUGUGUUCCGAAGGCCCCGCUGCUCCCUGCACCUUAGUGACUGUCCCCCUGAGGGGUGAGGGUUCCUCUUUUCUUUUUUCCUUCAGGCUGGGGACCUGGCCGACUGAAACCACAUGGGCAGGGACAGGAGACUUAAGGGGGAUGAGCACAUUCCUGCCGCUGGAAGACUCCCGGGAGAGGACGAGAGGGUCGUGGGACAGACCAGGCUAUUAGAACCCCCCCCAUCAAAAAAAAAAUUGAAGAAAUAAUGGAUGAAAACUCGACUUGGAGUCCCC